CUUACUUCUCAAUGCAUUUUAAGUUAAAAAAGCGCUUGAAAGAUUUACAAAAUGGCUUCCAUAGUGAAAGAAGCUCCGGAUGGAUAUGAAUCAGCUGUUGAAUUGAUAAAUGCUUUGAAACAAGAGGAUCUUACUGAACUGGGUAGUGAGGUCCUUCAAUUCCUGCAGUAUAAAAUUGGUGCUGUAAAUACUGAAAAAUGGAGACAGAAGUUAGAAGGGUAUGCAAAAGAAACUGAUUUACAGAAAACACAGAACAUAAUAAAUGCUUUAAUAUAUACAUUCAGAUCUGCUGCAAGAAAUCGUACGAACAUUGAAGAGUUUACAGCUGAGUUGGCUUCUAGUAUGGUAUUUUCUGAUACAACCCGCACCACACUAUGUAACUUAUGGUCCAUGCAGGGAAAACAGUUGAUGUCAUGUAGUCUUGGAGAUCAUGUUCUUGGAGUUGGACAGUUAAUUGAUGUACAGUGGAAGGUGGGUAUGGCAGUGAGUUCUGACACAUGCAGACAGCUCAACUCUCCCUUUGUGACCCUGACCUUGACUGUAGCAGACUCGGGAGGAAAUCUCAAAACACACCCUCUGGAACUCACUAUGGACCAGUUUAGAAAUUUCACUAAUCAGCUAAAGGAGAUCGGAAAAGUGCUUGAAAUGGUCUGAAGAAAAAACUUCAUAGUAUAACUCUACAUUACCCAGAAUAUGGCAGGAUGAUGUCCCCUGGAAGAGUCCAGCGUCUGAGAGUUAGAAAUGUGUUUUGAUUGAUUCUUAGACAGAAGCAUCAACUAUUACAGUCUACUGAAUGAGAAUAUACUUUACAAGGAAUCUCUUGCUAUAUUAAGUGUACUCAAUAAAUACUGGUACAGUAACUAUGAAAUGAUAAUCAUCAUCUCAUUUUGAAAGUCAUCAGUGGUCAGAACUGAAUGCUGUAUACAUGCUGUAAACAGACCAGAUCAGACCAGAUUACUGACCAGAAAGAUUUUGAAAAAUCAUCAAAAAUCAAUUUCUCACAAUCAAAAUGUUCUAGCUGCCUAGAAGUGCUACAUAAUCCAAAUAUUUCUUCCUGACAUCUUGAUAUCGUACAAUUUUUUUUUUUUCACAUAACUUGCUUUUUGAUUUAACUAUUUUAAGAUUUAGAAGGACAUUUGUAGUAGUGUUGUUGUUGCUGCUGCUUUCAGGUUAAAGUUUUAUGACAAGCUUUCCAAUGUCAUUGUAUCUUUUUAAUUACAGUCAUAUCAUCAAUAGCAGAUCACUAUUUUAGUGCAUGUUAAUGCGCCUUCAUUAUUCAUAUACUUCAGAUAUGUCUAAUAUAGAGAUUAAUUGUUCCUUUCCCCAACCAUAAAGAGUUUACUAGUACAUGAAAUUAUUUUACAACAAAGAAGUAAUUUGUCAUCAUUCCACUCUCUGCUUUAAGUCAGUGGUGGAUCACCUGUCAUUAUUGGGUCACUUGUUUUGAAAAAUUGUGGAUCAUCUCAAAAUGAAAAUUACCUGUCAAAGUCAGUUGAAUUUGUCAACUACUAGUAAUCUAUCUGCCAAGGGACUAGGAUACAAAAAAAACAUUUAAUCUCCAAAUGGAAAGUUCAAAGAAGGAAUGAUUCCAUUACACUUCCCUACAGUACAGGAUUGUGUUUAUAAACUGAAGAAGCAAAGCAAAGAUUUAUGUUUUAUUCAACAUGAAAAUAAAAACUGUAACAAGAGGCCAUGCUUACACCCAGUCAACCAGUCCAGCGUUAUAUACGUGUAUGUCCUUUCAUAUUUUUUGUAAUUAUUAAUUCAUUAAAUUAAUAGUAUGCUUACAUUAAGAAUAUCAUUGAACCCGAGUGGAAAUAUUUUGUAUAUGAUCAGAAAUACGUCUGUAGCAUGAUGCAGUGAAACUGAACCAGGUAAGACUGUAAUUUUCAAAUACACUGUUUCCUGACAGUGGAUUACUUAGAAAAAUCAAUAAUUAAAAUAAUUUUUAUGCCCCCGAAGGGAGGCAUAUUAGUUUUCAACUGUCCACUCAUUCGUUAGUCACAACGAUAACUUUUUGCAUGAAGGCACUUUACUUGCGAACCACUGCACCCAGGACCUUUAAACUUCACAUGCUGAUAGUACUUAUUGAGUACACCACCCCUACUGACUUUGGGGUCACCAGGUCAAAGGUCAAGGUCACCAGGUCAAAGGUCAAGGCGCUGCGGGGGCAUUUGUCACCAUUAGUGACAGCUCUUGUUAAAAAAAAUAUUUCGCAACUGCAUCUGUAUGAAUGACUAGUGCCUGCUAAAUUUCUAACAUGGACUGGUCCAUCAUACCAGAUACCAAAUCCUCAUCCCAGGUUACAAGACACCCUUUACAGUAUUCCUUAUUAGCACAGUCUUUAGCUUUGUUUGUGCUCUUAGCUUGCGGCUCGAUCAGACCUUUCCCUUUUGAAGUAUUUCCUUUAGAUUUCCCCUUCUUCUGGAUAUUUGACAAUGAUGCCUUUUCUGACUGAUUAAUUUUCUUUAAAUAUGAUUUUGUUCUUUCUUUUCUUUUUGAGCGAAGUUUUUAACCUUCUCAAGUUCCUUUAAAAAUACAGUCUGGAUGGUUUCAUCUGAUGUAAGACUGUCUGGCAGUGUUGAAAGCAUUGUCUGUCUAACACUGUUGUAUUACGUGUUUAUUCUGUCAUAAUAUAGCAACAGAUUGUGUGCUAGAGAGAAAACACAAACAGGUGUUGCUAGUUCUGAAAUUUUACUGACCACUGGCUAUGCCAGUUUUCAUUUUGAGAACUGCGCUAAUUUUCUCAGGGUCAGGUUUCAGUCCAUCGGCACUUAUCACAUGAUGGAAGUACUUAACCUAUAUCAGACCUAUUCUCAGUUUAUCAGGGUUAAGUCGUAAACCUACUGCCUUUGCUCGGUAAAGGACAUUCCUUAGGUUGAUGUCGUGAUCUGCAUGUGGGCAUCCGAACACCAGUAAAUCAAUUAUUGACGUCACACCUGGUAACCCUUCAAACAUCUCGUCAAUUUUCCGUUGAAAAAUGUCUUUAGAACUUCAAAUUCCUACAAGCUGUCUUAGAUAUUUGUACUAAAUACUGUGUUAAAUGUUGUUAAUGAGGAGGAGCGGUCAUCUAGCUUAAUCGACCAGUAACCUUUGGUCGCAUCUAGUACACUAAAGUACUUGGCACCAUGAAGUUUUGACAUAAUGUCAUCACUGGAACGUAGUGGGUUUUCAUUCAGUGCUUUAGGAUCUAGACAAAUUCUUAGCUUCCCAGCUGAAGGUUUUUCUACACAUACAAGUGAAUUUACCCAAUUUGUUUUGACUUCACUGAGUCGAGCUCUGCUUUGAGCUUUUCUCUGAGUCCGAAAGGUUCUUUUAAUUGAGGCUUAACAGUGGGGAAGCAGAACUCUCAACAACAUAGAAAUGGGAACACACUGACCAGUUAUUGUAUUUACAGUGUAACUGUAUUUUCCCAAGCACUGAUAAUCGGUCACCUGUGUAGGAUGUUAACCUUGCAUUGGAUGGUUCCAAGGGGUGCUUAAGGUUUAACUGCUUAAAUGUGUGAUUUUGGAUGCAAUUAAUUUGUGACCCUGUGUCAAUUUUGCAACUUACAUCAGAUAAAUUAUCUUCUGUGCCAAUCAAAAUAUUUACAAAAACUUGUUCAGGAGUAAAUGAAAAAGGAUUUACCGUGUGUACAAAGAAUUCAUGGUCAUUCUCACUGUCCGAUUUACAUUUGUAAUCCAAAUUGUCACCAUCAUAAUGUAACUUGUGCACUUAUUUAGAUUUGCACCGCUUUGAAAAUCGAUUUAAACAUUUUUGUCCCUGUGCUUGACAGUUAUUUAAAGCUCUGGAGCGUUUAUUUCUGCAUCGUUCGCAUUUUUUAUUCUGUCCUUGUUGAUACCCUCUUUGUUGCUGGUGCGGCAUGUUCCGGUCUUUCGGGUAUGAAGUCUGAUCACGCCUGCCGUUUCCGCGUCCCUGGUGUCAGUUUAUUACAUCAACAGACUGUUGAGGUAUUUGCAAUCUGGUUGCAAUGGCUUGCACUUGCAACUGGUUCAAUUCCUACGCAUGAGCUACAUCCACGCAUUUUUCUAGUGUUAGGUCAGAACCUAAACCAUAAUCAACUUCUCUCGGACUUUGCUCAAUUUUACUCUGAAAACAAUGUGGUCCCAGAUAAGAUCAUCUUGUAUGCCUGCAGGAUAAUCACGUUUUUAAUUCUGUAACAAACUGUUUGAAUGGUUCACUUUCUUGUUGCUUUCUGGAUUUGAAAAGCUAUCUGUUAAAUAUGAUGUUACUUUUUGGUUUGCAAUAUUCUUCGAAUUUGUCGUAGUAUGAUUUCAGUUUCUUUUUCUGCUCAUUGAAUACUGGUAUGUCCCAUGUUGAGUAUAUUUGUCGUCCCUUCUCACUGACCCACAACAUUAAAUAGUUGCUCUGAAUUUCCUCUGUUUUGCUAGCUAACGGUCCUUUAAAUAUGAACACCGCAUGUUUCUUGAAUCUCUUAAACGCAAUGUUUAAGUCCUUUAAACUCCAGUCCGUUCUAGGAUUUUGUUGGUGAUUAUUCUUCAUGUUGACUCACUUGUAAACUUUACAAUUUUUUUUUAAAUCCCUGGGAAUCUUUUUUAUGCACUGUUUUACUGUCAGAAGUUCACAUUCUGUAUCCAUCCUGCUUCUGACACCAUGUUGUAUUAGGUGUUUAUUCUGUUAUAAUAUAGCCACAGAUUGCGUGCUAGAGAGAAAACACAAACAUGUGUUGCUAGUUCUAAAAUUUUGACCACUGGCUAUUCCAGGUAUAUGUUUGGCGUGAAGAUACAGAGCAUGUGCAUUAUAGCAUUCUAAAUAUAUUUAUAUAUGAUUCAUUCAUUAUACAACAAACACGCACGUUUCACAUUUUCUGUUGUCUUUGGAUACACGAGAACUUCAUUCAGUAUGGGUGACAUCAACUUUCCUGAUGUUGGAGGUUCUCCUGAAGUAUGCUCUCCGACCUGAAGUGCUACAUCUGCCAGCAUGUCUGGUGGCAUCAUAUCUCCGGAUGCCUAACCACAGAACAUGACAGUCAAGCAUUGUUUGCCGGCUUUCCAGAUUCGCUUUGGCUUUUCAAUGCAGUCAACAUUAAUCAGGAAAUCUCUGAACCUUGCAUACCACCUAUCAGUCAAGUAUUAGUUUAGAGCGUUUCAGUUCAAGUGGUGUCUCAGACCUUGUUGUAAUAAUAAUGUUAUUUUUAUUCCUAUUCUCAGAAUGAGGUCAGAAAUUCAGUCAUCAGAAAUGCUUGAAAAAGUCUUUAAGUGAUUUAAGGUAUGUGCUGUGGGGAAAAUAACAUCAAAUUUCAACUCUGAAUAAAUUAAAUGUUGCCUUUUAUGACCGUAAGCUUUAUUUUUUUUCGAUUCCUCCUUAAUUUUCGUUAAAGUUUUACGAGAUAAAACUAGGUGAUCUGCUAUUGACUAUGAUCCGCUAUUGAUGAUAUGACUGUACAGCCCCUAUUAUCAUCAAACUUCACAUAAAGGUUAUGGUACAGAAUGGAAUUUCAGGGGUUUUGAAUUACUGAUAGUAUCGGUGAGAUAAUAUGCAAACAUUCCUUACUUUUAGGUAAUUAUUGACUUAUCUUUGUAUUUUGCACUUAAUUUUACCUUGUAAUGACAUAGAAUUUUAUUAAACUUGAUAUAUCAGCAGAAACAAUUCUUUUAAAUAUUUUUAAGCCUUUUUCUUUUAUGUCCUGUCAGCAAAUGUUGUAUUUCCUGUGUCUAGGAUAUUUUCGAAGGGUGUACAUCCAUUUACUGAUAACUCAUUUUACAAAUAAUCAACAAGUGUAUGUAAUGCUAUUACAAUUGUAUCCCUUUGGAAUAUUUAUUAAAAUAUUUUUUGUGCUUCACUGGA